CCCACCCAGUAACUGGAAACCCUGGGAGAGGAGACCCCCACCCAGUAACUGGAAACCCUGGGAGAGGAGGCCCCCACCCAGUAACUGGAAACCCAAGGGGCUGCUGGUGGCCCACCUCUAGGAAUACAGGGGGCAGUCAACAGGUAGGGAGGGGGGCAGGGCACAGGAAGUACUGAUAAAUGAUUUGUAUAAAAAGAAAAGUGCAUCAUCAAGGGGAAUAUAAGCACUAACCUUUAUCAUCUUUAUGUAAUACUAUUCAGCAAUGACUUUAUUGAAAUUUAACUGCCUCGGCCAAAUAAUUUAUCAUAUAUGAGUACAUGUACACAAUUAAAGAAUAUGUUACAUGUAUCUACUAGCAGGAUUCAAGUUUCUCAAGACCAUAUAUUUUUUUCCCACGGCCUCCAAUGAUGGUCCAACCUGUGACUUGAUGAAGAAAGACCCCGACCUCAAAUUCUCUGAGUCUGAAGAGUCAGUUGUUAGAACCAGAUGUUACCACCGGAGAACCGACUGGAACCGUAUUUACUUCAGGUCUUACUGAGAUCUCUGGACCAACCUUCACAAAACUUGGCACACCUGCUGCUGGGCUUUGACAUUAGGAAGUCUGUAAGCAGGACUCUGCUCCAGGAUCCAGGUAUCCUUGGGUCCCCUAAGACCUGUCUACAUGCGGUCCUGUCCCUGUUAGAGAGGGGGGUGGGGACACACUCCGGCCCCAUCUGCCUGAGGGACACUCCACGACUGUCUCAGCUGGCCUACAAACUCAUCUACCUCCUGGCUGCCAACACGGAGACGUCGACGCCCACUUUACGAUAUUUACGUACAACGAGGGACUUCCUGUACAGGCAGCUCCAGCAUCUACCUUUCACUCAGCAGUUUUAUAAUGAAACGCCCUGUAAUGAUUUCUCAAUCCUGGUUGCUGAAGCUGAUUUCCAUUGA